ACGAAGGUCUCCUCUGUCUUUUUCCCUCUUCACGGCCGGUCGCAGACCGACAAGCUUCAGCUGGGAAUAGCAACAAGGAGGAAGAGGGGGAAGAUACCGAAGACACAGUACGGAGCUUUCUCGAACGUGUUUGAUUCAUCGUCUGCUUCCCAUCAAUCAUGAAGAACAUCUUCAACAAGAAGCCCAACCCCAAAGAGGCUCUUCGAGAGAGCAAGAGGGAGAUGAAUCAGGCCACUAGAGGUAUAGAAAAGGAGAUUGGAGUGCUGCAACUAGAAGAGAAAAAGCUUAUCGCCGAGAUAAAGAGAACUGCCAAAACAGGAAAUGAGGGAGCAACUAAAAUUCUUGCCCGACAACUGGUAAGGCUCAGGCAACAGAUAGCAAACUUGCAAAGUAGUCGAGCUCAGAUGAGAGGCAUCGCCACCCAUACCCAGGCAAUGCAUGCACAAUCUUCUGUUGCUGUUGGAAUGAAAGGUGCUAGCAAUGCCAUGGCUGCUAUGAAUAAGCAAAUGGCUCCUGCAAAACAAGCCAAGGUGAUACAGGAAUUCCAGAAGCAGUCGGCCCAAUUGGAUAUGACUACUGAAAUGAUGUCAGACUCUAUAGACGAUGCCUUGGACAACGAUGAGGCUGAAGAGGAGACUGAGGACCUGACCAACCAGGUGUUGGACGAAAUUGGUGUAGAUGUUGCUUCACAGCUGUCUGCAGCUCCAAGAGGAAAAAUUGCGUCGAAGCAAACUGAAGAUGCUAGCAGUUCGGGCAUCGAUGAGAUUGAGAAGCGGCUUGCUGCUCUUCGAAACCCGUGAUCUGAAGACCAGAGAACCCUCUAUCCAUUGUUAGAGCCAUAUUAGACUGUCCUAAGUUCUCCGUUCCUUUUCUCAAUUUGUCUCUGUAGAUAUCUUCCUCUCUUCGUUGUGCGUACACUCCCCUGCUAUGUCGAACAUCCAUUACAACGUGCAAACUGCUAUGUCCUUGGAUGUUAUAUCCAUUUGUGAAGUGGGAGUGUGGCACCCAGUGAGUUUGUUUUCUUUUUCGGAAUUGCAAGAGGAAAAUAAACAAGCCAUUCCUACAA